AUGUCCCCGACUCCGACACAGGCCCACGAUGAAAUGAGCGAUACGCUACUCGAACUCGCUGAAGAGUUUCAAGCCCAAAUCGAAAUUAAGGACCGCAAGUAUCGUCUCAAAACGUACAAGGACACGUUUGUGGGUAGCGAAGCGGUCGACUAUCUUGUCUCGUCCGGAAAAGCUGCCACGCGUACCGAAGCUGUGUCCCUCGGUCAAGUUCUGCAGGUCAACUUUCACCUAUUUGAGCACGUCACGCGCGAUCACGACUUUGCCGACGACGGCCUUUUUUUCCGCUUCUUGACGGACAACGAGCGCGGUGGAUUGUCCCGGGAUGAAUCCGGGAAUUCCCUUCGCUGGCAGAACUUUUUGGGCACCCCUGACGGUCUGACCAACCAGAACGGCCUCCAACCCUCCUUCCCCAAGAACGACAUUCUCCCCGACAAGGACCAGCACGUUGUCAACCAA